AGAGCGCAUUGCUACAGCCUUCUCGACUAUGCUAUCCUUCUAACAGGAUUGGCGACAUCGUCCAACUAUCUCUCCCUCGACCGCACAACCACUACCUGAAAGCCCGCAUAUAGGAUGCCUGUGUCUCAAGAUUCCCCUAAGCCUACCGCCGGUGUUGACAACGCGUUCGUCCAACCUCCUCUGGACGAUACACUCCUCUUUCCUGGAUGGGUCGACUACCACCUGGAGCAUAAUCCCGACCAUCCUUUCGCCGUCCUGGUCGGAGUGAAAGAGGACGACAAAGAGGAAGUUGUCGUCUCCUGGAGUGAAGUGGCUCGUGCGGCGUUCCGUCUUGCUGCCAACCUCCUAGAACUGGUCAAACCGGUUGGGGAAGACAGAGUCGUAAUCGGCAUACUAGCAGAGACGGACAGCAUCACCUAUUGCACUAUGGUACUCGCGAUCGUCCGAGCUGGCUUUGUGGCCUUUCCCAUGAGCACUGGGAACUCGCUGCCUGCUCUUGAACAUCCUAUUCUGCAGACAUCUUGUCGCUACUUGUUUGGAUCUCGGGAUGUAUGCGGAGCAAGACCUAGCACCUUGAAAGACGUCACCAGCUCCCUGCUUGACUUGUCCCCUUCGCUCCAGCUGAUAGACGUGCCCUCCUGUGCUGACCUCUAUCCCCGACUCCGCAUGCACCCCGUUCUGCCGUACGAUCCGAAAGCCGACGCACUCCUAACCCCUCUCAUCGAGCCUCUCCACUCCCAUCCCCGCCCAGCUACCCUCCAAGACCCGGCCUUCUUUCUCCACUCGUCUGGCAGUACUAACCUCCCCAAACCGAUCCCGUUCAGUCACCGGCACUGGAUUGGGGAAUGCAGGGAUGCGGCCACGGGCGGGUUCGACAUGCCUGGCUCGAGGUGGGGCGUCAUGGGUUUGCCGGCGUUUCACGGAAUGGGCGUAUGUCUGAUGCUUGGCGCUGCGGCUGCUUCCGGCAGCGUAUCGGUCAUGUUCAAGCCCUCUACUCCGCGGAUCAUGCCAACAUCGGAAAAUAUCAUCGAGGCCUGCAAACGGGGGAAAGCGGAUUACCUCCUUGCCGUGCCGAGCUCGUGUAUCGACUGGGCUCGUGAUCCUGAUUCAAUCAAGUAUCUAGCGACGAUGAAAGGCGUGCUAUACGGCGGCGGCCCACUGCCGCAGGUGGUAGGCGAUCGAUUGGUAAAAGAAGGAGUGAGGCUGUCGAUCGAAUAUGGCUCAACAGAGGCGGGGCUGAUCUUCAAGUUAGGCAUGCGGGAAUACCAGCCGCGGGAUUGGAAUUACGGACAGCUAUACUCGACUUUGCAGGCUGAACUUGUCCCAGAAGAGAAUGGGUUGUUUCGUCUAAUCAUUCAUGACAGUGACAGCCAUCCGAUUGCCGUCUCUAAUCGACCUGGAAACGCAUUCGACACGAGUGACUUGCUGGAGGAACAUCCUACCCGGAAAGGCUUAUGGAGGAUUGUUGGGCGGGCAGAUGACGAGAUCGUCUUGUCCAAUGGGGAGAAGACGAACCCCGGGCCGAUGGAGGAUAUCAUCGUUGCCAACCCUCAUGUCAAACACAGCUUCAUGUUCGGCCAAGGACGGGCCCAGGUCGGGAUCGCUAUCCAGCCCAUAGAGAGUAUCAAGCUACUCGACGAAAAGGACUAUUCAGCAUUCCGGGAUUUAGUUUGGCCAGAUAUCGAACGUGCGAACGCCGUCUCACCUAAACAUUCAAGGAUUUUCCAGCGAUUGAUCUUGGUUAUCGACCCAAAGAAGAAACGGCUCCCGACGACGUCGAAAGGUACUGUCUCACGAAAACUGGCGCAACAGCAGUUCAUGCAGGAGAUAAAUGGGAUAUAUGAAAUGGUCAACUCGGCCUCUGCGGAAUGGGAGCUCCCUUCCACUUGGGACAGGGGAGGAUUGCGUUCCUUCGUUCGCGGUGUCGCUAAAGGCGGACGAGAUUCACUUGAUGACUCGCGCGACCUCUUCGAUCAGGGGUGUGAUAGCCUGCAAGCGAUACACAUUCGCGCUGCUCUCGUGCAGGCUUUGCGCGGAACGCCGGCGUUCCGGAACGAUCCUGCCGCAUUGGAACGUAUACCCCAGAACCUGGUAUACAACUACCCAACUGUCGACCUCCUUGUCGACUACCUUAUGAACAUAGUUGCACAUGGUGACGACCCUCCCCUGGAGGACGAGACCGCAGUUCGUGUGAAAGCCAUGGAUGCGAUGGUCGAACGCCAUACCCGGGAUUUUCCCGUACACGCACCAGCAGACUCUUCUUCUGGGGAAGUCGUCCUCCUAACGGGCUCGACCGGGUCACUGGGAACCUACUUACUGCAAGAUCUGUUGCUUGACAAACGUGUUGAGCGAGUGUAUGCUGUGAACCGUCUUGACCGCAGACUGGACAGGGACAUCCGCUUGCGACAGCGUGCCUCGUUUGUGGACAAAGGGGUUGACCUUGCGCUCUUGCGAUCUGAAAAGCUGCGGUUUGUUGAUAUGGAUGUUGAUCAUGGGAAUUUCCCGCUAGCUGAGGAUUUGUACGAUGAGAUUUCUGCCUCAUUAUAUACUAUCAUCCACAACGCGUGGCAUAUGGACUUCAAUUCCCCCUUAUCAGCCUUUGAACCGAGCAUGCUGUUCCUGCGAUGGCUGAUAGAUCUGGCGCUUAGUGUCAAGCAACCUACCCCCGCACACAUCAUAUUUACAUCAUCCGUUACAUCGGUAAUACGUUGGCCACAAUUACGGCCUGUACCGGAAAUGAUUAUGUCGGAUCCUACGCUAGCGAUCGCCAACGGCUACUCGGAAAGCAAAUGGGUUGCGGAGCAGAUCGUUACUGCUGCUGUGGAGCGACGUGGUCUCAGAGGGACGAUCCUCCGACUAGGACAACUUUCCGGCUCGGUACAGAAUGGCGCUUGGGAUACGGCGGGCUGGUUUCCUCUGAUCGUCAAGACCGCGGAAAGACUUGGUGUCCUUCCUGCCCUUCCGGGGCACGUCAGCUGGGUACCUAUCGAUAAGGCUGCGCAGUCGAUUUUGGACGUCUUGCAUAGCUCGACCUUCGGGCAGAAGGCCGAAUGCCAGUGUCUGCAUCUUGGCCACCCUAACCCUAUCGAGUGGGAUCAUAUUAUGAAGCCAAUUGCCGACAAGUUAUGUGCUCGGCUCGUUCCCUUCGCAGAAUGGUUCAGCCAACUGGCAGCAGCUGCGGAGGACAGUACGCAGGUCAAACACAACCCCGCUAUCAAACUGCUCGACUUUUAUCGACUGGUUGCCACUGGAGCGGCUCGGGCCCAACAGAGCGGGACGAAGAGGGAAGCCAUGAACAUCCCGGAUCUGGAGUGUGUCAAGGCCCGAGCAAGCAGCGUCAUCCUGGAUGGACUGGAGCCCCUGGGAAAGGAAGACGUGGAAAGAUGGUGUCGCUAUUGGAGGGCUCGGGGAUUUCUUAUUUGAUUUCAGUUGUUGCUUUGUCCUGCUCUGAUGGACUCGUGGAUCGGCUACCAAUAGUAGGUUGUUUGUUAUCCCUGCUCUCUGUGAUUUUAAAGAAACCGCGGCCCUCGAUCCCAAAACUGGACUAUGUGAAUCACGUUGGUUGUAUAUAAGCCUUCUUGAACAAGUACCGUAAGUGGAUAACGUGGAACCCAAACGUGGUAAACUUCUUGUUCAUGAUUUCGAUCUUCCACAAGCUGUCGGGAAAAUCUACUCCAUGCAGCGGGCAAGAACAUCGCACUGAAUUAUUGAGAACCUGGGAUCUUCGCCUGGCUGGGGAUCAUGCUUAUGAGCGGAAGGUAGGUAGCCGAAUAUCGCCUCUGGAGGUUUGGUAUCUUGGCAUUGCGGCAGUAGUGGACUUGCACGGUCGUCUCAGUUUGAGCUGCUCCUAUCCACUUCUCUCCUGACAAUGAUUGCGAGGCAAGUGAGAUUCAUGACCAUUCUGACAGCAGCAGUUACUCGCCGUCCGAAUAGCGACCAGCAGUGUACUCGACGAAUAUAAAGCUGUUGGAGAUAAUAACCUUUUAGUACACACCAGCAUGGUUCUCCUGAGUAACCAUAAUGUGCCAACACGUCUGUUCGACGUCAUGGAUGCGUGCGACACCC